AUGGGAAUCGCUGCCAACCUUGUGACUUAUUCAACUGGGACAUUGUAUCUUCCAAGUGCAAUUGCUGCCAAAAUUGUAUCGGACUUUUUUGGCGCUGGAUAUCUCUUGUGUUUAGUCGGCAGUUUCGUGGCAGAUAGUUUCUUAGGCCGUUAUUGGACAAUUGCCAUUUCCGCAAUGAUCAUAGCGGUAGUAAGUGCUGCCAUUUUAUCAAUCUCAUGCGCAAUGCCAUCACUACAACCACCCCCUUGCCUGCUUAACAGUAGUACGUGCAUACCGGCCAAUGGCCUCCAAGUUGGAAUUCUGAAUCUUGCUUUAUACGUUAUCGCAAUUGGACAAGGUGGACUUAAAGCCAAUGUCUCAGGAUUUGGAACUGAUCAAUUCGAUGAGAAUGAUAACAAGGAAAAAACAAAGAUGGAUUACUUCUUCCGUAGAUUUUAUUUCUGCAUCAGCCUUGGAACUAUACUUAGUGUCACACUGGGAAUAGGUGUGCAAGACUAUGUGACUGGAACUCAGGUUGGCACUGGAUGGCUAACUAGCAACAUAAACUAUGGGAAAUUAUACUAUUUCUAUGCUCUACUGGCAGUGUUAAGCUUCAUAAACUUGAUAUUCUACAUUCUUUGUGCCCUAUGGUAUGUGAGAACAAUGAAAAAUGCUACACAAAUUGAGAGCAUCGUUACAAGUUCUGAUGAGGAAGAAAAACAUGAUAUGCAGAUGAAGGGCACCCUUACAACUUCUGCAGAGGAAGAUUAA